AAAAAGAAAGACUAGAAGAAGAAUUCGACAGUAUUAAAACUUUAUUGCUUGAUUUUAUUGGAAAGCUUGCUGAAGAAAAAGUAAAAAAUAUGAAUUUGGUAGAGCAAUCAAAGGAAGAUAAACGAGCUUUAGAAAAUCUUAAUGAAAAACUAGCAGAAGAGAAACAAACAGUUUAA